UGGAGACACUGUGGUCCUGUCGUGCUCAGCCGGCUCAUCAUCACCGGACUGACCGACGGACACACGAGAGACCGGGGACAUUCAGGCAGGACAAAACCGGAGACAUGGAGCUCAUCGGCCCGUUGCGACCGACAAACGAGAAGUGUCUCCUUCCGUGAUUGACGAGCCACCAUGGAGUUGAGAUGUCCCCUUCCUCUUUUCUUCACCAAUCACGGUUCUAGAUCUGUUAUGACCAUGGGUAUAUGGCGUGGGCUUCGAGUGGCGUUCAUCUUGGGCUCUUUGUUUAUGAUUCUGCUGAUCAUCGUCUACUGGGACGACGUCGGGGGCUUCAACUUGUAUCCGCUGCAGGACCCCAAACGAUGUUACCCUCAGUCUGGUUCUUGCCCUCGGGUGACAACAGGCCUGUCCUUUUCUACAUCCACCACCGGAGCCAAGACCAGUUCUUCCCUCACCAUCCCAACCACAACUUCUAGCACAAAACUCAUCCCAGAGAAGAGGAGAGGAGCAGCUGGAGAUGAAACACAGGAGAAAGAAGAUCAGCAGGAGCAGAAGGAGGUGGAGAAAACAAGAGGGGAUGAGGAGGAGGAAAGGAUUUAUGUUGACGAUGGAGAACAGGAGGCGAGGAAGCAGAGGAUCAUGGAUGUUUGUUCAGGAAAGGACGCCGUGGAAUUUCCUGGAAGGACUCUGGCAUUUGAGCAGAUCUCCAUCAGGGAACUGGAUCACCUGAUUGUGGAUGACACACACCAGAUUAUCUACUGUUAUGUUCCCAAGGUGGCGUGCACCAACUGGAAGAGAGUGAUGGUGGUUUUGUCUCAGUCCCUGAUUUCGCCUGACUCAGGAAAACCUUACACUGACCCGGAGGCUCUGCCUCCAGACAUCGUACACAACUCCUCGCUUUACCUCACCUUCGCCAAGUUUUGGCGCCGUUAUGGUUCGCUGUCCCGUCACCUGAUGGCACUUAAGCUUCAGCACUACACCAAGUUUCUGUUUGUGCGAGAUCCUUUUGUGCGUCUCAUCUCUGCCUUCAGGAACAAGUUUGGAAGGCCCAACAAGGACUUCUACACGUACUUUGGCUCCGUGAUUCUGCGUCGUUAUGGUAACGUCUCUGGGAGUUUGCCAGAAAAGGCAGCUGAGGCGUUUGCUGCUGGAAUUAAACCGACAUUUGAGCAAUUUAUCAGAUACCUGCUGGAUCCAGAGACAGAGAAAGAGAAUAUCUUCAAUGAACACUGGCGACAGGUGUAUCGGUUGUGCCACCCAUGCCAGAUCAAGUAUGACUUCAUUGGACAACUAGAAACCCUGGAAAAUGAUUCAGAUAAACUUCUGAAGCUCUUGAAGUUGGACCACCUACUCCACUUCCCUUUAGGGGCUCGAAACCAAACUGCUGCCAGCUGGGAAAGAGACUGGUUUGCACAGAUUCCCCUAACAAUGAGGAAACAACUGUACAAGCUGUAUGAAGCGGACUUUAAGCUGUUUGGUUAUCCCAAACCUGAGGGCAUUCUUCAUGAGUAACCCAUACAGAGCCAAAGGCCUGGGCACUGCACUGUGUGUAGCGCCCACACCUCAUUUACCUGCCUUAAAAGACAAGUCUAUGAUGCUGUUUGUUUCAUUUGUUUUGUACCGACAUCAAGCGACAGAAGUGCCUGCCAGUAUUUUAUAUUUGUCUUUGUUUCAUAUCUAAAGCACACUCACGUACAAGCUACUGUACAUUAUCCCAGUCUGUUUCCCCACGUAAAGGCACUUUGAAUAGUAUUUUAUAACUUUUGGGAAGCAAUUGGGAAAAGACUUGGGCUAAUGUUAGCUGUUAUCUUUGAUGGGAAAUACUGUAUGCUGCAAUAAAAGAAAUGGUGUUUCAAAAUAA